UGUGACGUCAGCCCACACGCGGCUAUCACAGAUUAUCUGGUGGCCAUCACUUUCGCCUCCCCGUGUGCCCUUUCCCUUGCCCUGCGAUCUCGGGGCAUAUAAACAACGCCCAAGACAAUAAAGCUCGCUUUUUCCUUGUUGGUUCCACGAGUGCCGGCGUCUGGUCAUUUCAGUGGCGACGAGGGUGGGAUGACGGACAAACACCACCAGGAAAACGGAAUGGCCAGCUAUACAGGCCCACCACCGUUCGACGAGGCCACCGAUGAAUGGCCAGCGCAUCAAGUUCGUCUAGAGGCAUUCUUCGAGGGCCAUGGCGUUACGGAAGAGAAGAAGAAACGGGCUUUGCUCGUUGCAGCGCUGAGCACCAACACGGUGGGCGUGAUUGCCGGACGCUGCGCGCCAGCCAAGGUGAACGAACUUUCAUACACCGAGGUCGUGGCCCUUCUGCAACAAUAUUUUUCGCCGGAGCCUAACGAGAUAGCCCAGUCGUACAAGUUCUUCACGCGUAACCAAUCGCCAGGUGAGCCGGUCAAAGAAUUUCUUCUGGCCAUCCGUCAGAUUGCUAACACAUGCAAUUUCGGAGACAGUCUGGACAGAAUGCUGCGGGAUAGAAUUGUAUGCGGAUUGCAAAGCUCCAGUGUACGUCGGCAACUGUUAGCGAAAACAGGCCUGACCAGAAGCGAGGCCGAAGAAAUAGCGCUGGCAGCCGAGCUGGCAGUUGAGAACGAAAGAGGGAUAGGCGCGGCCAAGUCAGACGAAAAUGUGUAUGCGGUAACAGAGAAAGGCGCACCGAGGGAGGGACGCCGAAUGUCAUGCUUCAGAUGCGGAGGUCAAGGGCACAGCGCAGAAACAUGCCGGUUCCGCUCAGCUAUAUGCUACAAGUGCCGUCAACGUGGCCACCUGGCGAGGGUGUGCUCCCGUCGCGCAGAUAAAUUACCUACCGCGCCGAGAGUGUCACAUCAGGACGUCAGUAUGCUAGAGCCGAAGGAUGACGACGCUGAGGCUGAUGGCCUAUUUAUGCUGGGGGCUGCGGAAGACCACGUCGGGUCCCUCGGAACAGUCAAGCCGCUGGUUCAUACGUUGGAGUGGGGCGGAGUGCCGGUUACCAUGCAGCUAGACACGGGUUCACCCGUUUCACUCAUCACAUGGCCAACGUAUAUAAAACAUCGGGCGGCCUGGCCUAAACUCCAAGACUCCGCAUUGAACUUAACUUGUUUCCUCGGGAAACUUCCGGUGAGCGGACAGUUGAAGCUUAACGUUUCUACAGGAGGGCGUUCCGUGGCAGGCACCUUGACCGUCCUGGGAUGCAAAGGGCCCAACCUGUGCGGCCGAGACCUCAUCCAAACGUUCGACCUACUUAAUGUACCGGUUUGCAACGUAUCAGCCAAGGGUGAGCCCAUCACAGAUCCAGUAGAAAAGGUCGAUGUCCAAGAUCUGUUAAAAGAAUUCCCGGACGUGUUUAAACCAGGUCUGGGCCUUAUCAAGGGUCCUCCUGCCCACCUGCGCCUAAAAGAAACCGCCGUUGCAAGGUUUUGCAAAGCUCGUCAAGUGCCGUACGCGUUACGUUCCAAAGUAGCCGCGGAAAUUGAUCGACUUGUUGAAAAUGGCAUACUCAAACCAGUGCCACACUCCGAAUGGGCGGCGCCCGUAGUUCCAGUGGUGAAACGUAACGGCAGCAUAAGGCUUUGCGGGGAUUUCAAGGUCACAGUGAACCAAGCCUGUCUUACAGCGCAGUAUCCUCUUCCCCGCGUCGAUGAUAUACUAGCCACGUUAAACGGAGGGGAGGUUUUUACUACGAUUGACCUGCGCGACGCAUACAACCAGCUUCCUUUGGAUGAAGAAUCCCAGCUACUUACAACCGUGAAUACGCAAAAGGGGCUCUUCUGUUUCACUAGACUACCAUUCGGGGUUUCAUCGGCCCCUGCGUUGUUUCAGAGCCGCAUGGAAGCAAUACUGCAAGGUUUGCCAGGGGUUCAAGUCUAUCUCGAUGAUGUCAUUGUGGCAGAAAAAAAGAAUGAUUGCGCCACGCUUCGCAAAGUAUUGGAGCGGUUCCAACAGUCGGGAGUGCGGUUGCAUCCGGACAAGUCCAAAUUUCGCCAACCGGAAGUUGACUUCUUGGGUCACAGAAUAAGUGCUCAUGGGGUGCAGCCGAAGACGGAAAACAUUGACGCAAUCCUCGAGGUCAAGGAGCCGCAAAGCGCAGCAGAACUGCGAUCAUUCUUGGGACUGGUCACUUAUUACCACAAGUUCCUUAAGAACGCGUCCUCGGUAAUGGCACCCCUGUACGAGCUUCUCCGCACAAAUGUAAAGUGGCGAUGGGGCUGCCCACAGCAGGUAGCUUUUGACGAGGUGAAGACGAGGCUCAAGGAAGCCGAGUGGUUAGCUCAUUUUGACGGCGACAAGCCUCUAAUUCUCGAGUGCGACGCGUCGCCAGUCGGAAUCGGCGCGGUGCUAUCCCACGAUGUGGGUCAAGGUGUGUUACGUCCGGUCGGCUUCCGCUCCCGCAUACUCACCCAAGCAGAGCGUAACUAUUCACAGUUAGAGCGGGAAGCCCUCGCAUUGGUAUUUGGUGUGCUUAAAUUUCGUGCCUAUUUGCUCGGCAGAGUUUUCACCUUGAUAACCGACCACAAACCACUCGUAGGCCUCUUCCAUCCAGACAAGUCUGUACCUGCCAUGGCUGCGGGCCGGAUCCAGCGCUGGGCCCUUAUCUUGAGCGCCUACAGCUACAAUAUCCAGCACAAGGAUGGCAAGGCCAACGUUCCCGCGGACGCGCUCAGCAGGAUUCCAGUAUCCUCAUCGACAGUUCCCGAGGAAUCCGAAGAUUGCGAUGGUUGUGAGUACGUUCUUCUCACAAACAGCCUCAACGAUGGGGUGAUUUCGGCCAAACAGCUAGCGGCCUUGACUUCAAAGGAUAGAGAGUUAACCAAGGUACGGAAGUGGGUACAGGAAGGUUGGCCACGACGCCUGGCUCGACAGGACGAGCUUUUGAAGGUAUUCUUCAACAGGAAGGACGAGUUGACUGUCAGUCAGGGACUCGUGUACUGGGGCCAUCGUGUGGUGGUGCCCAUCGAGGCAAGAUCUGCGAUGCUACAUCUGUUGCACGACACGCACCAAGGAAUCGGUGCGAUGAAAGCACUGGCACGCUCACUGUUUUGGUACCCGCGGAUUGAUGCGGACAUAGAGCGGCUCGUAAAAAGCUGCCAGGUUUGCGUGCAAGCGGCUCCUAUGCCGCCUAGACAGGAGGCGGUGCCCUGGCCGGAAACGGGACGACGUUGGUCGAGGCUACACAUAGAUUUUGCUGGUCCUGUUGAAGGGUACAUGUUGAUGAUAUUGGUAGAUGCUCAUACCAAGUGGAUUGAGGUUGUGCCCAUGAAAAGCGCCACAGCGUGCUCAACCAUCGAGGCCUUGCGCACCACGUUCAGCAGAUUUGGUAUACCGGAAACCAUUGUGUCAGAUAACGGCCCACAGUUCACGGGGAAAGAGUUCGCCGAUUUCAUGCGGCGCAAUAACGUCCUACACUUGCGCACCGCACCGUAUCACCCGCAGUCAAACGGACUGGCAGAACGGGCUGUGCGAACCGUGAAGCAGAAAUUGAAGACAAACCGACAAGGGUCGUUACAAACCCGUUUGGCGAGGAUCCUGCAUAGUUACCGAAGGACCCCGUUGGCCUGCGGGGAAACACCUGCAAUGCGGCUGUUGGGGUUCCAGCCGCGUUCUAGAUUAGACAACGCUGUGGUGCCUCUUGCUCCGGUUGAACGUAGCCCCUGCGAGACUGAUGUGCCCGGCUUCUUGCAGACAGGCGAUCCAGUGUGGGUACGCAACUUCGGACAAGGAGAGCCCUGGACGCGGGCCACGAUCCGGGAAACGCAGGGCGCCCGGAUGGUAACGGCGGAUGGGGCUACGGGCGAGAUCAUACGCCGUCACUUGGACCAAGUCAAGGUGCGACUGCCGGACAGCUCAUUGGCCAGUUCACCAGUCCCGUGUCCCACUGACGUAAGGCCAGAAAGCAACACGGGCCGUCCAGAACCAGAGGACCCACCUGCAGCGGGAUCGCCUGCAUCAACAGACCUACGGCCCCUCGAGGCUACCCCAACCCUGAGGAGGUCCACUCGGAUCCGAAGACCCCCCGAACGGUUUUCCCCUUAGAAAAAAAAAAGGGGGGGGAAGAAGAUUGUUGUGACGUCAGCCCACACGCGGCUAUCACAGAUUAUCUGGUGGCCAUCACUUUCGCCUCCCCGUGUGCCCUUUCCCUUGCCCUGCGAUCUCGGGGCAUAUAAACAACGCCCAAGACAAUAAA